AUGGAAAUGUUACGCUUAAGCCACAAUAAGUUCAUAGGUGGGAUUCCGCCAUCCAUUGGCAAUCUCACAUAUCUUGGAUAUCUUUUUUUAGCUAACAAUCUGUUAGGAGGGAGCGUUCCCGAUUCCUUCAAUCAAUUGAAAGAACUGAGACAAUUAAGCCUUGGAGGAGAGUUUCCAUCGUUUUCCAGUAACCUUUCAGUGUUGGAAAUGUUAAAUAUUCCACAAAACCAAUUUCAUGGCCACCUACCCACAAACUUAUGUUUGAGCCACCCUCAUCUCAAGGAACUAGCAGUAGAUAUUAAUCGCUUCAGUGGAUUCCUUCCACCAUCGAUAUCAAACUGUUCAGAAUUGCAAAUUUUUGAUGUCUCCGAAAAUUAUUUCAAGGGGCGAAUAAAGAUUGAUUUUGGAAAAUUACAACAACUUAAGUUUUUGAGUCUUGCUCUCAAUAAUUUUGAAAGCAUCCCUAUUGAUAGCAAGAAACUCUUUGAUUCUUUGUCCAACUGUAGCAACUUAGAGCUUUUGGAACUUUCCAAGAUCGGAUUAAUAGGGGUGUUACCGAAUUCGCUUGGGAACUUCUCAUCCAAACUGCAUUACUUAGGGCUUUCUCAAAAUUAUGUCUCAGGCAGUCUCCCUUCAUCUAUAGGCAAUUUGUUUGGCCUGACUCUAAUUAAUCUACAAAUAAACAACUUCACAGGCAUGAUUCCUGAAAGCAUAGGAAAGCUUCAAAACAUGGAAAGACUAUAUCUUGACUUCAAUGCUUUCUCUGGAAUUAUUCCACCAUCUAUAGGAAAUCUGUCAUUCCUAAUUGAACUACAUUUGGGUGCAAACAGAUUGGAAGGCACUAUACCAACGACUUUAAGCAGUUGCAAAAAGUUGUUGGAUCUAGAACUUUAUGAAAAUAACCUCAGCGGAAGUAUACCCAAAGAAGUAUUCCAACUAGCUUCACUUUCCAUUAGGCUAGAUCUGAGUGAAAAUAAUCUGUCUGGAGUAAUUCCACAAGAGAUUGGCAACCUGAAGAUCUUAGGAUAUCUUGAUUUGUCCGAGAAUCGCUUAUCAGGUGAACUCCCAAGUAGUUUUAGCAGCUGCAUCAGCCUUCAAAUACUAAAUCUUUCUAGAAAUUUCUUCCAUGGAUCGAUGCCAGAGGCAUUGCGUUCUUUGAGAGGCCUCGAAUAUGUUAACUUGUCCCAAAAUAACUUUUCUGGGCCUAUCCCAACGUAUUUGCAAAAAAUGGAUUUGAAGUAUCUUGAUCUUUCAUUUAAUAACUUUGAGGGAGAGGUGUCUGUUAAAGGUGUUUUUGCCAACACAAGUAUGAUAUCACUUCUUGGGAACCGUAGACUUUGUGGUGGCAUAGUUGAGCUUCACUUACCCAAAUGCACAACUAGUGACUCCAAAAGAAGUACCAGAAAGCUUUCUGUUCCUGUUGUUGUAGUGAUCUCACUAUCUUCCACUGUUGUAGGUUUAGCUCUGGUGUCAUUUCUCUUCUUUUACUACUGUAAAAAAAGGAAUACGAAUAAACCAUUAGAUAAAAUAUCGACUAAAUCUUUUGAGAAGAUUUCAUAUGGAAGACUUUUCAAAGCAACUGAAGGGUUCUCUCUAGAAAAUCUGAUUGGUACAGGCAGCUUUGCUUCAGUCUACAAAGGAGUCUUUGAUGAAAGUGGCUUAACUGCGGCAAUCAAAGUGCUUAACCUUAAUUGUGGAGUAGGUAUUAGGAGUUUCACAGCCGAGUGUGAAGCCUUGAGAAAUAUUCGCCAUCGCAACCUGUUUGGAGAGUUGGCUGCAUUCAAUACACCAAGUGCUAAAUCUUUCUCAAAGAAUCAAAAUUAUCAAAGAUGUGGCUUGUGCUCUUGA